GGACUUUCAUUCACUCACUCGUACACGCACGCAUUACGCACGCACACGGACCAGGCUUUUUCUCACACUUCUUCAGUACUGCAGGCGAUCUCACACGAUCAGGACACAGCGGACCGUCAACUCCACCACCAACUCCGCCAAACAGGAGCACAAAAACCGGCACCAUGGGAAAAGGAUGCAUCGCUGUCACCAAGUACUUUCUCUUUCUCUUCAACCUCCUCUUUUUUAUCUUUGGGGCAGUCAUCAUGGGCUUCGGGUUAUGGGUGCUUUUUGAUAACCAGAGCUUCAUUGCCGUCCUACAGGAAUCGUCCAACACAGUGAAAGUGGCGUCCUAUAUCCUCAUCUCAGUGGGCUCUCUGUCUAUGGCUAUGGGAUUUUUUGGUUGCAUAGGGGCCAUUUACGAAAUCCGCUGCCUCUUGGGUCUGUACUUCACCUGCCUGCUACUCAUCCUCAUUGCUCAAGUCACGGCUGGAGUUCUUAUCUACUUCCAACGGGAUCGGUUGAAAUAUGAGAUGUCCAGCAUUAUCAAAGGCAUGAUAAUCAACUACACCGGUCAGAACAGGACCACGGAGCACACCUGGGACUACAUCCAGAGAUCGAUGAAGUGUUGUGGAUGGAACGGACCUGGGAACUGGUCUGAUAACCUGGUGAUAAAGAACAGCAGUCAGAGCCUAUACUCCUGCUCCUGUCGAAACUUGUCUCUGCCAGGGACAGACCCCAAGGAAAUGGGUCUGUGUGAGCACCUGUCCUCAGACCUGCCUGUCUACCAAACGGGCUGCAUAACCAGUGUGGAGAAAUGGUUGCUGGAAAACUGUGGAGUUAUUCUGGGAAUCUGUGUCGCAGUGGCACUUGUGGAGCUUUUGGGGAUGAUCCUCUCCAUGUGUCUGUGUAAAAGCGUAGUGCAGGAAGAUUACACCAAAGUCCCAAAGUACUGAUCCUGAGUCUGGAGCCAGGAUCUCACAUGGACGGACAUCUUCUCCCUCUCUCCCCUCUGUGUCUCCCACUUUGUACACUCAAAAUAAGACAGCUGUCCUCCGUAGCUGUGCCGAUUUCUCACGCCUCAUCACGCUUUGGACACACUUGCUGGAUGCAUGUUCUCAAGUUUCAACUAUACUACUAUAUUUGUCGUGAAAGAAUAACAGUUUGACUACACUCCUGAGAAUCUGUAAUAUUUUGUAAAAUGCUAAUGUAUGAAAAGAACUUGUAUAGCUGUAUUGGACCUCAAUGCAGUGCUUAACAUUGUAUAGUAGUGAUGGCACUUUUACAUUGGCAAGUGCAAAGGAGGGGGACCUUCUAAGAGACUUGAGGCUGGUUGGAGAGGACCCUAAAGCUGCAGCUAUUUUGGGUGGAUAGGGUCCCAAAAGGAGAGUAGUAGCCCCCACUAUUUACAGGUGGUACCACUCCUCCUCCCUGUUCUCUGUCCUCCUCAAACUGUUUGUCUCUAAGUCAGAUCUUAAAAUUUGUUUUGUCUGUUUCCAAUAGUUUUCAGCAUGAAGAACGUGUGUGAAUGUGAUGUUGGGUUGAGUGGAGAUUUCAUUUGUCAUCGUACUUCUUUAUAUAAAUGUAACUCGUUUUUUUUUUAUGUACAUAAUGAUUUUGGUCAGGGAUCAUAGCAUGACUCGGCCUGAUUUGUUUGGUAAAGCUGUCCCCGAGUGUUUUGUUUCUCACACUUAUGAAUGACUGAAUAGGUAUGCCCAACUAUUUUUUGAAUUUGAAGAAUUGAAGACAUUUCAAAAGUCUGUAAAUCAGCAAAAAAAAAAAUAAAAUAAAAAAUUGAAAUGAUUAGGGUCAGUGAGAAAAAUGCCACUUAUUCAUUGUGUAUGAUUAACAUGUUGUGUGAUGGUAUGUUAAAACAUUACAAUUCAGAUAACCUAUUCAAACAAAUUAAUUUGUUUGGUGUUUGCUUGGUCAUCUUACCAUGGUUAAAGAUUACAUUGCUUUUAUAUAUGUACAAUUUAUCUUUAUAUUUCAAGAGGGAGUUUUGUAGCCAUCUAAACAUUUCCUUUUACAAAUUAAUUAAAUUAUGAGACAUGAAGGUUAUGUUAUUUUUAUUGUUAUUAUUGUAUGUUAAUUAGUAUUUUAUCUGCUCACAAAUGGUUUUGUUUAAAAAAUGGACUGUGCAUUUUUUUUUUUA